UGAACAUACACACCUCCAUGGACUAAAUUGUACAGAAGACCCCAAAACAAGAAUUAUACAACACGUGAGCGGGCUAUGCAUUUAACAAGCAGAUAAUUUGUUCACUUUCAAUCAAGACAGCCUGCACCGAGACACACUGGGACGUACUUUUUUCUUUUUUUAAAUUGAUUGCAAAAUCUUAUUUAUCGCAAAAACUUCGGGGUGAUUGUAUUGGAUUAGAUGCAUGCCACUGAUACCCUGCCUGUUGUAGGAUAAGGCAAAGAGCGGCGCACAUCCGAGAGAGGGGAUAUAACGGGAUAAAGCGAUUGAAUAGACAAAAAAAGAAAGAAAAAAGUUGCAUUGCCUGGUGUCCACGCAUCGUCAUGCCGAGGUACAACUUCAUGCUGUGCUUGAUGGUGCUCAUCUCCCUGGGACAGUCGGGGAGCGAUGAGCCCAAUCUGCUGCUGCCUUCGGCCAGCGAGACGCCCACGGAUGCCGGGCUGUCCCUGCUGGACGAGGACGCCGGUUCUCACGAGUGUUCCGCCUGUGUUUGGAGGGAGCAAAGCAAAGUGCUGAGACUGGAGACCAUCAAGUCCCAGAUCCUGAGCAAGCUGCGGCUGAAGCACGCGCCCAACAUCAGCCGGGAGGUGGUCAAUCAGCUGCUGCCCAAGGCGCCUCCGCUCCAGCAGCUGCUGGACCAUCACGACUUCCAGGGAGACGCUUCGUCCCAGGAUGAGUUUAUGGAGGAGGAUGAGUACCACGCGACUACGGAGUCCGUGAUCACCAUGGCCUCUGAGCCGGAGCCCCUGGUGCAGGUGAACGGGAAGCCGAGCUGCUGCUUCUUCAAGUUCAGCCCCAAGCUGAUGUUCACCAAGGUGCUGAAGGCCCAGCUGUGGGUCUACCUGCGGCCGCUGCAGCAGACCUCCACCGUCUACCUGCAGAUCCUCCGGCUGAAGCCCGUCACGGAUCAGGGCAGCCGCCACAUCCGCAUCCGCUCCCUGAAGAUAGAGCUCAACUCCAGGGUCGGCCACUGGCAGAGUAUUGACUUUAAGCACGUUCUGCAGAACUGGUUCAAACAGCCCCACACCAACUGGGGAAUCGACAUCAACGCCUUUGAUGAGAGCGGCAAUGACCUGGCCGUUACCUCGCUGCGACCCGGGGAGGAGGGGCUGCUGCAGGGAGCUGUUACUACCCAGAGGCUUGUGGUUGCUGUGAGGUUGAGGUACCUGCCCCUCUCUGGACCCGCACUUUCAAUCGUCUCAAUCAACAUCGAAGGUUUCUCCGGAUGCAAGGCAGAGAUAUUGGCAACGAUGGCCAAUCGUUUUGACGUACUCUGCAUGCAGGAAACCCACAUCGGCCCUUCACAACACCGACCUACCAUCCCUGGAAUGAAACUGGUCGCUGAGACCCGACACAGACAGUAUGGAUCAGCUGUUUUCAGCAGACCAAACCUCAAGAUUGAGGAAGUCUGGACCCACACUACAGAAGGAAACAUGGAAACCAACACAGUUGCCCUCCCAAAUGUCUCUGUCACAUCAGUCUACAAACCACCCGCAACCCCUUUUCUGUACACAGAACUACCAGAAAGAUGCAAGAGGAGGUUCCAUAUCAGCAUCGGCGACUUCAAUGCCCACAGUACAUCAUGGGGCUAUGAGAACAACAACCAAGAUGGAGAUGAAGUUGAGACCUGGCUUGAAUCCAAGCACCUGACCCUAAUCCAUAAUGCUAAACUACCCAAAUCCUUCCACAGCGCCAGAUGGAAACGAGGAUACAACCCAGACUUUGCCUGUGUAAGCAGUGACAUCGUAUCCAGAACUGAGAAGGACGUCCUGGACCCUAUCCCCCAUACCCAGCACCGGCCAAUUGCCAUUACCGUUAGAUCCGCUCUCCAAGCAACCACCGUCCCAUUCCGCAGGAGGUUCAACCUACGGAAAGCCGACUGGUUGUCAUUCCAACAGGAGAUAGAGCAUUCCAUAUCUAACAUACACUCACUUCCCAAUAACUACUCCAACUUCACAGACUUGGUAAAAAGGUCAGCUAGGCGCCACAUACCCAGGGGAUGCCAGACACAGUAUAUUCCUGGGCUAUCAGAAACAUCCAGCGACCUGCUGAAAGCCUACUAUGAGGAAUAUAAUAAGGACCCUUUCUCCUCUACCACCAUGGAACUUGGAGAGACCCUGAUCAGUGAAGUUGGGGAAGAACGAAGGAAAGUCUGGAAGGAAAUGAUAGAGAACACCAAUAUGACAAAUAACAGCAGGAAGGCCUGGGCUACAAUCCGCCGUCUUGGCGAAGACCACACCACACCACCGAUAAUCACAAAGGUCACAGCUAACCCGGUUGCAUCACAGCGGGUGGCCAACCGCCAUAACCAACUCCGCCGCCAACCCACAGGAGAACACAAUCGCACAGUGGUAUCAGACCAACCACAACCAGCCAGCCCUCUCACCAAACCCUUCGACAUAGAAGAUCGCACAUGCACUACGUCUCCCCCUUUACCCCCAUCGAGAAACCCUACUACCCAGAACGGCCUGAGACAGUAA